GGAUCCCGGGGUCACCGAGGAGGCCUGGGCUGAGACGGAUGGUGCUGGGAUCCGGACACUUGUCCUCAGAGAAAUCACUUCCCCUCUUGGGGCUGCGGUUCCCAUAUUUGUGCAGUGGGCAGAGAGAGUGACAGCCAAGUCCUGUGCAGCAGGAGGGGGGACUCAUCAGGAGAGGGCUGGGGGUGUUGAGGGUUGGUGCUGGGCCACUCGAGGGGAGCAGAGGUCAGCUGAGGGCCAUCGCCCCUCUGGGAGCUGCAUCUCUCCUUUAGCCCCACUUUCCAGCCCGACCAACUGAGGAUCCAUAGUUCACUGACUUUCCCAGGGUUGCGGGAUGUGCAGGCUCUGAACCAGAUCCCCCGCCAUGGUGUGUCUGGUUCCAGAGCUACUGGGGCUCACGUAGGGAUGCAGGGCUUUGGGGUGAGGUGGGAGGAAGGUUUGUGGAGUGGCAGGAACUUUCUCUGUGUCCUCUGCAUCGCCCCUGCCACAAAAGUCUUCUCUCCAGUUCUCAUGUGGGGAAACAGGUUCAGACAGGGGAAGCAGGUGCCUGGGUGGUGGGUUCUCAUUCUGCAGGACUCUCAGUCCAUUGCUCGUUCUACUUACCCAAGGCGGAGUGGGUGUUGGAGUGAGGCUGUCUUCUCUACUCAGUGCUCCCUGGCCCGGGGCACCUCGGGGGCUGCCCUGCUGGGCACCUCGGAGCCUGGGAGGUGGAGAGAAAAUGGACCAUAUGGGCAAAGCCAAGCCCAGCUGGCUACACCUUGAUGGCACCCGUCCUACUCGGGUCACUGUGCAGAGAACCUGGAAGCCAGGGUGGUAGGAUGGGCAUGGGCGGGGAAAGGGAUGGAAACCACUGUGUCUUGGACACCUUUGUGCCAGGCUCUACCCAGGGCAGUGCCUCCUGGUGGCAGGGUCACUGUGCUUAAUCUCCACCAGGCUGAAUCCCAGCUUGCACACCGGGGGCCAUUAUAUCUCACUCCUAGAAUGCUAGCAGAUGCCAGGACCAUUGACGAGCCUUGCCAUGGGCAUUUUCUCCCCUCCUCAUCCCCAGCCUGGCCCUAAGACAGGUCCCAGAAAUCAUGGAGGAAAAUGCUGAGCACAGGGCUGGGUAGCAUCUUGUGCAAAGGGCCUGCACCCUGGCCCAUCCGCUCCCUGACCAGGAGCUAGCAGCCCUAUAAUUGCCUCUGUUUUUUUCUGGGCCUCAAUUCCCCUGCUUCUGCUGAUGGGCCCCCUCCACCCAGACCAUCCCACGAGAGAGACUGCAGCUGCCCACGAUGAAGCCCAGAGAGACAACCUGUUAGUCCUCACCGUGGCCACGAGGGAGACCGAGGGCUUCCGCCGCUUCAAGCGCUCGGCGCAGUUCUUCAACUACAAGAUCCAGGCGCUGGGCCUGGGGGAGGACUGGGACGUGGAGAGGGGGAUGACGGCGGGUGGAGGACAGAAGGUCCGGCUGCUGAAGAAGGCGCUGGAGAAGCACGUGGACAAGGAGGACCUGGUCAUUCUCUUCACAGACAGCUAUGACGUGGUGUUCGCCUCUGGGCCCCGGGAGCUCCUGAAGAAGUUCCGGCAGGCCAGGAGCCGCGUGGUGUUCUCCGCGGAGGAGCUCAUCUACCCCGACCGCCGACUAGGGCCCAAGUACCCCGAGGUCUCCGAUGGCAAGAGGUUCCUGGGCUCUGGAGGCUUCAUUGGCUAUGCCCCCAACCUCAGCAAGCUGGUGGCUGAGUGGGAGGGUCAGGACAGCGACAGCGACCAGCUCUUUUACACCAAGAUCUUCUUGGACCCGGAGAAGCGGGGCCAGAUCAACAUCUCCCUGGACCAUCGCUGCCGCAUCUUCCAGAACCUGGACGGAGCCUUGGAUGAAGUUGUGCUCAAGUUUGAAAUGGGCCACGUGAGAGCUCGGAACCUGGCCUAUGACACCCUCCCAGUCCUGAUCCACGGCAACGGGCCCACCAAGCUGCAGCUGAACUACCUGGGCAACUACAUCCCGCGUUUCUGGACCUUCGAGACGGGCUGCACCGUGUGUGACGAGGGCCUGCGCAGCCUCAAGGGCAUCGGGGACGACGCUCUGCCCGUGGUCCUGGUCGGCGUGUUCAUCGAGCAGUCCACGCCGUUCCUAUCCCUGUUCUUUCAGCGGCUCCUGCGCCUCCACUACCCCCGGAGCCAGAUGCGGCUUUUCAUUCACAACCAUGAGCAGCACCACAAGGCCCAGGUGGAGCAGUUCCUGGCCCAGCACGGCGGUGAGUACCAGUCAGUGAAGCUGGUGGGCCCCGAGGUGCGGACGGCAAACGCCAAUGCCAGGAACCUGGGCGCGGACCUGUGCCGGCAGGACCACGCCUGCACCUACUACUUCAGCAUGGACUCUGAUGUGGCUCUCACUGAGCCCGACAGCCUGCGGCUGCUGAUCGAGCAGAACAAGAACGUCAUCGCGCCCCUCCUGACGCGCCACGGGAGACUGUGGUCGAACUUUUGGGGGGCGCUGAGUGCGGAGGGAUACUACGCUCGCUCCGAGGACUACGUGGACAUUGUACACGGCCGACGUGUUGGAGUCUGGAAUGUGCCCUACAUCUCCAACGUCUACUUGAUCAAGGGCAGUGCCCUGCGGGCAGAGCUGCAGCAGACAGACCUGUUCCACCACAGGAAGCUGGACCCUGACAUGGCUUUCUGUGCCAACAUCCGGCAGCAGGAGGUGUUCCUGUUCCUGACCAACCGGCACAGCUUUGGCCACCUGCUGUCCCUGGACAGCUACCAGACCACCCACCUCCACAACGACCUCUGGGAGGUCUUCAGCAACCCCGAGGACUGGAAGGAGAAGUACAUCCACGAGAACUACACCAAGGCCCUGGCGGGGAAGCUGGUGGAGACGCCUUGCCCCGAUGUCUACUGGUUCCCCAUCUUCACGGAGACGGCCUGUGAUGAGCUGGUGCAGGAGAUGGAACACUUCGGCCAGUGGUCCCUCGGUGACAACAAGGACAACCGCAUCCAGGGCGGCUAUGAAAACGUGCCGACCAUCGACAUCCACAUGAACCAGAUCAGCUUCGAGCGGGAGUGGCACAAGUUCCUGGUGGAGUACAUCGCCCCCAUGACGGAGAAGCUGUACCCCGGCUACUACACCAGGGCCCAGUUCGACCUGGCCUUUGUUGUCCGCUACAAGCCAGAUGAGCAGCCCUCGCUGAUGCCGCACCACGACGCCUCCACCUUCACUGUCAACAUUGCCCUCAACCGAGUCGGGGAGGACUACGAGGGCGGCGGCUGCCGGUUCCUGCGCUACAAUUGCUCCGUCCGAGCCCCGCGGAAGGGCUGGGCUCUCCUGCACCCCGGACGGCUCACACACUACCACGAGGGGCUCCCCACCACCAGGGGCACCCGCUACAUCGCCGUCUCCUUCGUGGACCCCUAACUGGCCAACCCCACCCCUUGGACCUUUCCUCUUGGCCGACAACCGGGCCGUGGGGUCCCUGCCAUCCUGGCGCAGCUUCCAGACCCUUGAUUUCCGUUGCCCUCGGAGCUGCCACUGUGGGGACUGAGCCAGGCCAGCGACAGAGCAGCCUCGGGGCCGGGGCUUUUGUGGUGCUCCAGGGUCAGCCCCAGGGGGCACAGAUCAUUUUCACACUUUUAGUGACUUGUCUUCCCCCCAAACACCCAGCACCCUCUUCCUCCCAUUGGAGCAGUCUCGCCACUGAGUGAAAGGGGGAAGCCACUCCCCAGAGCUCCUCUGACACAGCGGCAGCCCCUCGGGGUUCUGCCUCCAGCUUUGGGAUGACACGGAGACCUGAUGGUGCCGGUUUCUGCCCUGAGCUGCUCAAGAGCCUUCCACCAAGCUCCAUCAUGAGAGCAAACUUGUCCCUGGACUCAAAACCUCCCAGAGGACAGCAAAGGCAUUGCUGAUGCAGCCUGGGGAGGAGAGUGAGCAUCUGCAUUCCACUGGGUCACUCUGUCCGAGUGCCUGUGGUGGGAGAGGGACAGUCAGAAACAACAGAGUUCUAUUAAAGGUGUUCAAAACACAGAGUGGAGG